CAUUAGAAGGUGUUCCUGAUGAGGUGUCCCGUGUUUUUUUCUGGCCUUUUCUCAUGUGAACAUGCGGCCCGGCCCGAAGCCAGAUCGGUGCUGGCACCCGACAGAACUCCCAUCCCAUCUUCAUCCUCCUCCUCCUCCUCUUCCUCGUCCUCAAGGAGAGCAGAUUAGCUGUGGCAGUGUUGUCGGAUGGAGCAGGAAGCGGAUGCGGCGGGACGUGAGGAGGCAGACGGGAUUGAGGAGGAGGAGGAGGCUCUCAAGGAGAGUGAAGGUGGCGAGGCAGGACUGUUCUCUCCGAGGGUGAUGACAUAUUUCUUAGUCCUACUGGAGGGACAACAUCACGAAGAGGAUUGCACCGAUGUUUUCCACGGCUCAGCAGAUGCUGCAGGACAGCCGCUCCAAGAUGAAGCUUCUCCGGCUGCACCUCAUCAAAGUGGCGCAGGCCGGAACCGGCCAAGACGACCAGGAAGCAAACAUCGCGGCGCACCAAGGUCCGCUUCGAAAUAUGACAAACUUCUCUGAGCAUGCAGGAACGUCCGAAGCGGACGUCCGCCUGGCUGAGCUGCAUCACUACACGCAACGCGAGCACGAUGCCCUGCGGCUGGCCGAGGACGUGCUGGCGCAAAUGGACGGCGUGUCGUCGCCGGAGCGCGAGGCUCGCUCGGAGGCUGAGAACCGCCGCAACCAUUCGUCCCAGCGUUUGCGUCUCCUGCGGGCAUCCGUGGAGGCGUGUCUGAGGGAUGACAAGAGGGCCACGCCCUUGAGGACCGACGCCCACUCGGACCAAGGUCGGUGCUCGGCGGCCAUCUUGUCCAGCCGACCGGCCUCGCUGACAGGGAGGUUGGAGGUCAGAUUGCUGGGAUGUGAAGAUUUGUUUUCUCCAGCUGAUCACACAACUUCUGAGACGAGCGCCACCUUGAGGCUGGACGGCAGAGUGGUGGGCCGCACGCGCUGGGCGGCGCUGGGCCGCCUGACCUGGGAUCAAACCUUCUGCCUCGCGCUGGAGCGGUGUCGCGAGUUGGAGGUUGACGUGUUUUGGCGCGACGGCGGUAAAAUGUGCGCGCUCGGCUUCCUGCGUCUGGACCGGCUUCUGGGCCGGCAGAACCAGAACCGGGGAGACCAAGACAACGGCCACGCCGCCUCCCACGUGUGGCGUCUGGAACCCAGGGGCCUCCUUCACGCUCAGUUUGACUUCGUGGACACAGUGGUGGAGCGACAGCACAAACUGCAACGCCAGCGAUGCAUCUUCACCAAAGAGAGAGGUAAACACACAAACGCGCGCCGCAGUGAGGCGCCGGUGAGCACAAGUCCUCCUGGCCACCGGGAGGCGACGCAGGACGGUCACGACGAGCACGUUGAUGAAGCCUCGGAAACGAUUCGACCGCAACAGACGUCGCCAUCCAGCCGGAGAAAAGAAAGUCAAGACCACUCGGCCUCGCCUCUCAAGCUGCACGUGUCAGAUCUGCGCUACGUUUCCGUGCUUGGCAGAGGUCACUUUGGCAAGGUGCUCCUGGCCGAGAUGAAGGCCACGGGCCGCCUGUACGCCGUCAAGGCCCUGAAGAAGAGCGAAGUGGUCACGCGUGACGAGGUGGACAGCCUGAUGUGCGAGAAGAGGAUCCUGGAGCUGAUCAGGACGCGGCGGCAUCCUUUCCUGGUCCAGCUGCACGCCUGCUUCCAGACCCGAGAACACGUCUGCUUCCUGCUGGAUUUCCUCCCCGGGGGAGACCUCAUGAUCCACAUCCACAACCGAGCCUUCACGCCGCAGCAGACCCGAUUCUACUCGGCCUGCGUGUUGCUGGCAUUGGAGUUCCUGCACGCCCACCGCAUUGUCUAUCGAGACCUGAAGCUGGACAACCUGCUGAUGGGCGCCGACGGCUUUGUCAAGAUGACCGACUUUGGACUUUGCAAAGAAGGCAUCGGUCACGGGGAUCGCACGUCCACAUUCUGCGGAACGCCCGAGUUCUUGGCGCCCGAAGUUCUGACGGACGACGAUUACACGCGGGCCGUCGACUGGUGGGGGAUGGGCGUGCUCAUCUACGAGAUGCUGGUGGGCGAGUCGCCAUUUCUGGGUGAGGACGAGGAGGAAGUGUUUGACAGCAUCGUCAACGACGACGUGACGUAUCCGCCAUGGCUUCCGCCAGAUGCCGUGGCGAUAAUCCAGAAGGUAAACGUCAUUCCCGCGCCCCCCCCCGCCACGCCCGGCGGGCUCUCGGCCCAGCAGCAGGAGGUCUUCGCCGACUUUGACUUUUGCGCCCUGCACGGCUGAGCCUUAUUCGUCGGAGACCAACCGAGCCCCCCCUCCGAGCCAUUUCCCGCCCCCGUCUUCCGGAUCUGCUUUACUGCGACGG